AUGGAGUUUUCCUGGGCAAGCGGCCAGGAAUCCAAGCGUCUGCUGCUCUCACUUCUAUUCCUCGCAGCCUGGAGGGCGGGGAGUGGCCAGGUCCACUACUCGGUCCCGGAGGAGGCCAAACACGGCACCUUCGUGGGACGCAUCGCUCAGGACUUGGGGUUGGAGCUGGCGGAGCUGGUGCCACGCCUGUUCCGGGUGGCGUCCAAAGGCCAGGGGGACCUUCUGGAGGUAAAUCUGCAGAAUGGCAUUUUGUUUGUGAAUUCUCGCAUCGACCGCGAGGAGCUUUGCGGGCAGAACCUGGAGUGCAGCAUCCAUCUGGAGGUGAUCGUGGACAGGCCGCUGCAGGUUUUCCAUGUGGAGGUGGAGGUGAAGGACAUUAAUGACAAUCCUCCUGUGUUCCCCGGAACACAAAAGAAUCUAUUUAUGGCGGAAUCCAGGCCUAUUGACACUCGGUUUCCACUAGAGGGCGCAUCGGAUGCAGAUAUCCGGGCCAACGCUAUGCUGACCUACACACUGAGCCCCAAUGAAUAUUUCUCGCUGGAAAAGCCGUCCGAUGACGAGCGGGUAAAACGUCUUGGACUACUACUAAGGAAAUCUUUAGACAGGGAAGAAGCUCCAGAAAUUUUUUUAGUGCUCACAGCCACUGAUGGCGGCAAACCUGAGCUGACUGGAACCGUUCAGUUACUCAUCAAAGUGCUGGACGCCAAUGACAACGCCCCAGCUUUUGACAGAACACUCUAUGAGGUGAAAGUACAAGAAAAUGUUUCUAAUGGAACGUUGGUAAUGAAACUAAACGCCUCAGAUUUAGAUGAAGGCUCGAAUGCAGACAUUAUUUAUUCAUUCUCAACUGAUAUUUUACGAAAUGUAGAAUCCAAGUUUCACAUAGAUCCAAUUACUGGAGAAAUUAUGGUAAAGGGAUAUAUCGAUUUUGAAGAAAGAAAAUCCUAUGAAAUUCUUGUAGAGGGUAUUGAUAAAGGACAGCCCCCACUCUCUGGCCAUUGUACAGUUAUGGUGGAAGUCGAGGACACCAACGAUAAUGUUCCAGUAAUGGAAUUCAAGUCCCUGUCACUCCCAAUCAGAGAAGACGCUCCACUAGGCACGGUCAUCGCCUUGAUCAGCGUGCAUGACCUCGAUUCUGGUGCCAACGGGCAGGUGACCUGCACACUGUCACCCCAUGUUCCCUUCAAGCUGGUGUCCACCUUCAAGAAUUACUAUUCGCUGGUGCUGGACAGCGCCUUGGACCGCGAGAGCGUGGCGAACUAUGCUCUAGUAGUGACAGCACGGGACGGGGGCUCGCCUUCGCUGUCGGCCACGGCCAGCGUGUCCGUGGAAGUGGCCGACGUGAACGACAACGCGCCGGCAUUCGCGCAGGCCGAGUACACGGUGUUCGUGAAGGAGAACAACCCUCCCGGCUGCCACAUCUUCACGGUGUCCGCGCGGGACGCGGACGCGCAGGAGAACGCGCUGGUGUCCUACUCGCUGGUGGAGCGGCGGGUGGGCGAGCGUGCGCUGUCGAGCUACGUGUCGGUGCACGCCGAGAGCGGCAAGGUGCAAGAUCUUCUGAUGGAAAUAAAACAAGUAUUUGACAUGGUUCUUACCCUGGAAGGCCCACUGGGAUCUCGGUGUCUGCUGCUCUCGCUUCUGCUGCUCGUAGCCUGGGAGGAGGGCAGCUGCCAGGUUCAGUACUCGGUCCCGGAGGAGGCUAAACAUGGCACCUUCGUGGGCCGCAUCGCCCAGGACCUGGGACUGGAGCUGGCGGAGCUGGUGCCGCGCCUUUUCCGAGUGGAGUCCAAAGGCCGCGGGGAUCUUCUCGAGGUAAAUCUGCAGAAUGGCAUUUUGUUUGUGAAUUCUCGGAUCGACCGCGAGGAACUGUGUGGGCGAAACGCGGAGUGCAGCAUCCACCUGGAGGUGAUCGUGGACAGGCCGCUGCAGGUUUUCCAUGUGGAAGUGGUGGUGAAGGACAUUAAUGACAACCCGCCUGUGUUUCGUUUAAAGGAACAAAGAGUGCUGAUUUACGAAUCAAGGCUGCCAGAUUCUCUGUUUCCACUAGAGGGCGCGUCAGAUGCGGAUGUUGGCUCAAAUUCUCUUUUAACCUAUAGACUCAGUUCCAGCGAAUACUUCUCCCUAGAUGUGAAAACCAAUAGUGAUGACAAUACACAAAUUGGGCUCGUGUUAAAGAAAUCCUUGGACAGAGAGGAAGCUCCCGAACAUAACUUAUUUCUGACAGCCACUGACGGAGGCAAACCUGAACUCACAGGCACUGUUCAGCUGCUGGUCACUGUGCUGGACGUGAAUGACAAUGCUCCCGAUUUCGAACAGACUGAAUAUGAAGUAAGAAUAUUCGAAAACUCGGGUAACGGAACAAUAGUAAUCAGACUUAAUGCUUCUGAUCGGGAUGAAGGAGUGAAUGGGGAGAUUUCAUACUCUUUUAAUAGUCUCGUUCCAACCAUGGUUAGCGACCAGUUUAAAAUAGAUCCAAAUACUGGAGAAAUAGUAAUUAGAGGGAAUUUAGAUUUUGAAAAAGUAAAUUUAUACAAAAUUCGUAUUGACGCGACGGACAAAGGCCACCCACCCAUGGCUGGCCAUUGCACCGUUUUAUUGAAGGUUUUGGAUGAAAAUGAUAAUGUCCCUCAGAUUGCAUUGACUUCUUUAUCCUUACCUGUCCGAGAGGACGCUCAAUUAGGUACUGUGAUUGCCCUCAUUAGCGUGUCAGAUCUCGACUCUGGUGCCAACGGCCAGGUGACCUGCUUUCUGACGCCCCAUGUCCCCUUCAAGCUGGUGUCCACCUUCAAGAAUUGUUUGUCUUCGAGAACGCUAUUAUGCGUCCCACCGGGCUGCGGGGAUAUGGUGGCGAGCGUGCUCGUCGACAUGCGCAGCACGCCGCAGAGUUUGCGGCGUACUGCUGCAGCCGCUGACCAUCGCAGGAGCUGGAGCUGCUGCAGUUCCGGGGCGAGCGCCAUAAAGGACGCGGUUCUCGCUGGCAGCAACGACGCUGCAGGUGUUCGCGUUGACGAGAACGAUUGGUUCCAUACCGCCGCUGCCGUGUCGCCGCCUGGGGCGUGCGGCGCGGCGGCGCGCACGACGCUACAGCCUGACGAGGCGGAUUCCGCCAAGUGCCAGCGCCUGCUGGUGUUGAGGGACCACGGGCGAUCGGCGCUGACGGCCACCGCCACCGCGUUGCUGUCGCUGGUGGAGAGCCGCCGCCUGGCCUCGGCUGCGGGUGGUGCUGGAGGGAAGCCUGGCGCGAGACGGGCGCUGGUGGAUGUCAACGCGGUAUUGAUCAUCGCCAUCUGCUGCUGGUAAGUCCAGCUCAUGGUGCUCACGCUGUUGCUGUGUCGCGGGCGCUGGUGGUAGGUCGGCGUCACCAGCGAAAGGGCGCGGCGGUCGGGGAAGCCCACGCCGGUGUGCCGUGGGUGGAAAGCCAAAUCGUACUCGCAGCAGAGGCGGCAGAGGGUGUGCUCUGGGGAGGGUCCGCCCAAGACCGACCUCAUGGCUUUCAGCCCUGGCCAUCCACCCUGUCCAUUAGUGGGUGAUACGAGCCAACAUCAGGAUUUAAAUGAUGAUCAUGGUGCCAAGAAAUAG